GGGCAGCCAGUCCUUCAGUGUGUUCUCUAUGUUCUAAUUGGCUCACCACACAGAUUCUUGGCUCUGUGCUUGGGAAUUGUCACUGACUUUUAACCCACCUCACCUGAAGAGCAGCUUUUUGGUUUCCAUUAGUAUUUCAGGCACCGAUCCUCAUCUUAAAAAUUAUAACAGGAUUUUAAUCGGUGCUUUUGAUUGUUUACUUUUAAUCUGGCUUGGUGAUAUUUUAAAUUUUGUUUUACUAUAUUUGAAAAGAGCAGAAUUUUAAAGAAAGAAAAAUAAUUGGGGAGAGAAGAUAUUUAUUUAGAGAGAAAACAGAGGCUUCCCUGGACUUAGGCUGAUCACUUCAAGAGAACUGUGACUUGUGUAGAGGACCUUAUAAUUACACCAGCUGAGUGGGGGAAAGAAAAGGAACAGAGAAGAACAAACAAAACUCCCUUGGCCUUGGAUGUAAAAGAACCCAGCAGCGAUGGACUGGCACUUCUUCAGAACAGCUGCAGUGCUGUUCAUUUGUUUGGUGGUGGUGGAAGUUAACAGUGAAUUUCGAAUCCAGGUAAGAGAUUAUAAUACUAAAAAUGGCACCAUCAAGUGGCAUUCAAUCAGAAGGCAAAAACGGGAAUGGAUCAAGUUCGCUGCAGCCUGUCGUGAAGGUGAAGACAACUCAAAGAGGAACCCAAUUGCCAAAAUUCACUCAGAUUGUGCUGCAAACCAGCAAGUUACAUACCGCAUCUCUGGAGUAGGAAUUGAUCAACCACCUUAUGGAAUCUUCAUUAUUAAUCAAAAAACUGGUGAAAUUAAUAUAACAUCCAUAGUUGAUCGAGAGGUCACCCCUUUUUUCAUUAUCUAUUGCCGGGCUCUGAAUUCAAUGGGUCAAGAUUUAGAGAGGCCUCUUGAGCUCAGAGUCAGGGUUUUGGAUAUAAAUGACAACCCUCCAGUAUUUUCUAUGUCUACUUUUGUAGGACAAAUAGAAGAAAAUUCUAAUGCAAAUACGCUGGUGAUGAGACUCAAUGCUACCGAUGCGGAUGAACCAAAUAAUUUGAACUCAAAAAUAGCUUUCAAGAUCAUAAGACAGGAGCCUUCCGAUUCACCAAUGUUUAUUAUCAACAGAAAUACUGGAGAAAUUCGGACGAUGAAUAAUUUCCUAGACAGAGAGCAAUACAGCCAGUAUUCUCUUGCUGUAAGAGGCUCAGACCGAGAUGGCGGGGCAGAUGGAAUGGCAGCAGAGUGUGAAUGCAGCAUUAAAAUCCUCGAUGUCAAUGAUAACAUCCCUUACAUGGAACAGUCUACAUAUGCCAUCGAAAUCAAAGAAAAUACUCUCAAUUCAGAUUUGCUCCAGAUUAGAGUAAUUGAUCUGGAUGAGGAGUACUCAGCUAACUGGAUGGCAGUCAUUUUCUUUAUCUCUGGAAAUGAGGGAGGUUGGUUUGACAUAGAAAUGAAUGAAAGAACAAAUGUAGGAAUUUUAAAGGUUGUUAAGCCCCUAGAUUAUGAAGAUGUAAAGAAUCUGCAACUUAGUAUUGGUGUUAGAAAUAAAGCUGAAUUUCAUCAUUCAGUUAUGUCUCAAUAUAAACUCACAGCAACUGCGAUCUCCGUGACUGUGUUAAAUGUAGUGGAAGGCUCGGUGUUCCGUCCAGGUUCAAAGACAUAUGUAGUAACUAGUGAUAUGGGACAAAAUUAUAAAGUGGGAGACUUUAUAGCUACUGAUCUGGACACAGGUCUAGCUUCAACAACUGUUAGAUAUGUAAUGGGAACUAAUCCAGCUGACUUGCUUGCUGUUAACUCAGAAACGGGCAUAAUUACUUUGAAAAAUAAAGUUACCAGGGAGCAAUAUGACAUGCUGAAUGGAAAAUACCAAGGAACAAUUCUAUCUAUAGAUGAUGCUCUUCAAAGAACUUGUACUGGUACAAUUAUUAUUGACCUUCAGGGUAAUGGCUGGGAAGUUGGUGGACCUGGCACACCAGGGGGUGGACGUGAUACCGGUACUAGCACAAAGGAGACCCCUGGUCCUGACAUUGUUAUCAAUACAGAAACCCCUGGCAAUGGCCCAAAUACUUUAGUUGGAGGGCCCGAUAGUUUUCCAGAUCGAGGACUACUCUCAGAUAAUGUACAUUUUGGUCCUGCUGGCAUUGGACUACUCAUCAUGGGAUUCUUGAUCCUGGGACUGGUCCCAUUUUUGUUGUUGUGUUGUGAUUAUGGAGGUGCCUCUGGUGGUGGAGCCGGCUUUGAGCCUGUUCCCGAAUGUACAGAUGGAGCAAUUCAUUCAUGGGCAGUAGAAGGACCACAGCCUAAACCCGGGGAUUUCGCCACUGUCUGUGUACCACAAAUACCACCCGAUAAUGCAAAUCUAAUUGAAUACAUUGACACCUCAGGGGUUUACACAAAUGAGUAUGGUGGCAGAGAAAUGCAAGACCUGGGAGGAGGAGAAAGAACAACAGGAUUGGAAGUAACAGACGGAGUUAAAACACCAGGAGUACCUGAGACAUGUCAAGAAUAUUCUGGCACAUUAAGAAGAAAUUCUAUGAGGGAAGGUAGAGAAGGAGGUCUGAAUAUGAAUUUCAUGGAAAGUUACUUCUGUCAGAAAGCAUAUGCUUAUGCAGAUGAAGACGAAGGACGCCCAUCCAAUGACUGUCUGCUCAUAUAUGACAUUGAAGGUGUAGGUUCCCCUGCUGGCUCCGUGGGUUGUUGUAGCUUCAUUGGAGAAGACUUGGAUGAUAGCUUCUUGGAUACAUUGGGGCCUAAAUUUAAGAAGUUGGCAGAUAUCAGCCUGGGAAAAGAAGUUGAAUCAUAUCCAGACCCUGAUCCCUCUUGGCCACCUGAGCGCACUGAACCAGUUUGCCCUCAGCCGGGAACAGAGCCCAUUGUUAGUGGACACCCACCCAUCUCCCCACAUUUCGGCACUACCACAGUCAUUUCUGAGAGUACCUACCCCUCGGGACCUGGUGUACAGCAUCCUGUACCUAUUCCUGAUCCUCUGGGCUAUGGUAAUGUCACUGUGACCGAGUCUUACACCACCUCGGGCACUCUGAGGCCCUCUGUCCACGUUCAUGAUAAUCGACAUGCAUCAAACGUGGUGGUGACAGAGAGAGUGGUCGGCCCAAUCUCUGGAGCUGAUUUUCAUGGAAUGUUAGACAUGCCUGACUUGACAGAUGGGUCAAACAUUAUAGUGACAGAAAGGGUAAUAGCACCAAGUUCAAGUCUACCCACCACUUUGACCAUCCCUGAUCCUAGAGAGUCUUCAAAUGUGGUAGUGACAGAAAGAGUAAUCCGACCAACUUCUGGCAUGAUGGGCAGUCUGAGUAUGCACCCCGAGUUAUCAAAUGCCCAAAACGUGAUUGUGACAGAAAGGGUUGUCUCUGGCUCUGGCAUAACCGGAAUUAGUGGCCCAGUCGGGAUAAGUGGAGGCAGUGGCCUGGUUGGCAGUGGGGCUGGAAUAAGUGGUGGUGGCAUGGGGCUGAGCAGCCUGGGAGGAGGUGGGGGCCUGAGUAGCAGUAUAGGGGGGACAGCCACUAUUGGCCACAUGAGGAGCUCCUCUGACCAUCACUUUAGCCAGACCCUUGGAUCCACCUCCCCUAGCACAGCCCGAAGUCGAAUCACAAAGUACAGUACAGUACAGUACACCAAGUAGCCAGGAUCCCAGCACACUUUUCCUCAGCAAUUGUGAUUUUGGUUCAAUUACCACCACCAAAAAACUAACAAUGUGAUUUAUGACGCACAACUAGGUGCUAAGGUAAUUGUGGAGAAAGGUAAGAAACCACAGUGAGAAAAAUAGAUGGAAAUUGUGCUGUUGGGUGAGAGCUGGCCUUAGCAUUUGUAAACUUUUUUCUUAAGUUAAUACUAAUGGAAUUGUGACAGUGAACUGAAACUUGAGACAGGGUCCUCUUUGUGCCUGUGUGGCCUGUCAGGUCUUCUUCGCUUCUGUGUGGCUGUAGUGUAACUCCAGCACGUGCAGUAAAUAAAACUCGGUCACGUAAAAGCAUUGGCCUUAAGAUGGCAAUUGGCAUAAUUCUCCUUGGCUGUUUUGAUUUGCCAUGUAGCUCAGGCAAUAUUUAAAAAGAAUAAAACAGGCAAUACGUGAUCAUGUUUGUGGGAAGAACUUCAAAUAUGUGCCAAAUGCUCUGUCAGUUUCAGAGAUGAUAUAAAUAAAAAUCUAACCACAUAUUCAGACCGGGGUUAACCAUUAAAGUAAAAAAAUUUGGCGACACAGCCAAGUUCACAAGCCACCAAGCACGCCUACCUUAAUAAUUGCACUAGAUAAAAUAAACCUCAAUUUAGGAAAUGUUUCCUGGGAGGGAAAUUCCAUAAGAGAGUGGCAACAGAGUGAAUUCGUUUGGGAUAAACUGGCAAUGUCUGAGCCUAAAUCUUGAGAUGGGGCUUCAGCUAAAAUUCCCUUGGAGUCAAGGACUUUUCCGAUUCUACUUCGUGUUUAGUGGUAGAUGCGUUAUUAAUGAAUACGGUGUCCUGGCGAGGCUGCAGGAUACCAUGCUAAUUUUCCCCUUUACACUGUGGCUCCAACUUAACAAAGGAAAACCUGCCAAGUGUAGUUUUCAGCUUGAAGCUAGUAACAGCUGACAUGGUCGUCACCACUGGUGGUAAAUUACCUUCCAAGGAAGCAGCCAGGAACCGAAUUAUAUUUUCAGAUUGUGUUUUUAGUAAGUGUCAUUCAUUUAUAUCCAGCUCUUCAUUACACAUCUCCUAAGCUAAAGUGAUUUACUUAAGCUGAGCUGUGAAAAAAAGCCUGCAGUAUGGUUAAGCUUUGGGGGAAUUUUUUUAAGGGGAUCUACAAAAUGUUUUUCGAAUGUGUAAAAUGUUUAAUGAGGAAAGCUAGACUUGUUUGAUAAAGUAACACUGUACAAUUAGGUUAGUUGAGUUUAGUACUUUUUAACAGCCUUCUGCUGCUAUUUCGAGGGGAUCAACUAGGCACUUCUAACAGAGUGAUGAUAUUGUGUAACAAGAAUGAAAUUGUACUGGACAAUCCAUUUCUUUAUCCCACCCCCUAACUGAAUUUUCUCACUAGCAUAAAUUUCACAUUCCUGAUUUGAUUUAUUAGUAAGCUCUUGAUUUAUAUAUGCUCCAAUUUAUAAUUUCCAAAUUAUAUAGUAUGAUAUUUUUCUAGCUUCAAAAUUUAGUAAUGUACUAUUUAUGAUAUGUCAUUCUGUGUGUUUUUUAUAUAGUAUCACCUGGUUAAAAAUCUCUAAAUAGAAUCAAAGCAUUCUUAGAGGUAAAUUUACUAUCUCAUGAUAGAGGAAUUUUUUUCCCUUUUCUAAAUUCAGUGUUAAUAUGCUCUUAGUAAAGUGAAACUGGACAUGACAAAAUCUUUUAAGGAUUUGUUCCUCCCAAUUACUCAAAUUUCCCAAACUGUUACAAGAUCAGAGAAUAGUUAUUCAACUUCCAACACUUGUCAAAGGGGGCAGGGGAAUGAAUUAUUUUACCUAGAGCUGUUUUGCUCUGUCACAGCAGACGAUGUCAAUAUGUUCAGAGCCACAAUAUACAUCUCAUUUUAACUCUGUAGACGAUGUAAUAUUUUAAUAGUCUGUAGCAUGCCAAAAUGCAGAGGUGUAAAUAAAAUCAUUCACGGGGAGUCACUCUUUUAUUUCUUUCUCCCAUUUGGAGGGUUUUAUUAAUGAUGUGUAAUCUUUCCAGAAAUAAAGUCAAAAGGUAUUUAUUGAAAUAAAUUUGAGUAUGCCUGGAUCCAGGAGAUUGAAGGAAUAAAAAUAAUUAUUAAUUAGUCAUUAGUUAAUUCAUUAAAAGGAAUGGUAUCUAACCACAGGUAGCUUGCUUGUCACUUCGAUGCUCUAUAUCAUCAGAAGUGUUCUCUUAAGACUCCUGAUACCUUCCAGAAAUGUUUCUAAGGUUGUCUAACAAAAGCCAGAGUGACUGUCUUGAAUAACCAUUGUUAUUAAGCUCUAUUAGUUAUAUAAAACCAUGGAAGAUAAGAAAAAAAUUGCCAUAUUAGUCAUCAAUCUUUAAAAUACUUUCAAAUCAAAUUGCUUUUUUUUUUUUUCAGGUUACAUGUUGAUGUUUUAACUCUUUACUCCUAAUUUUUUAAAUACGUUUUUAAGACAUCAACCAUUCUAACAGUCAUCUAAAGGCAUGUUAUUUUUUUAAUGAACAGCCUUUGGGCAGAAUUUAAUUCUUCUCUUUAAAUGCUUUACUCUAACUCAUAGGCUUUAGGUCAUUCCAUAGACCUAAGAAAAGAUAUGGGGAUUAUUUGAUAAGUGAAUAGUUAUAAUUCAAAUCCAUGUUGCAAGCUGCAUUUCAGAUCAAUUUGCUUUUUAAAAAAGAGAAGAAAUAAAGAGUAAUUUAAUUGUUAUGUAUAUAUAGUUUGAAAACAAAGUGUUUAAUGUUUAUAAAACAUCUGACUUUCUAAAGAGGUGGCCCUUUGGGGCAAAAACUAAUGUAUCAUAAAUACUUUUCUUGUUAUUUAAUAUCAACCAAAAUACCAUCUUCAGCUAAUUGUGACAUUGAAUUCUAGAUAUAUCUGCUAAAUAUUACUAGCCUCCAUGUAUGUUGCCUGAUGAAACUGUAUUUGUACUGAAAAAUUUACAGAAAAAGUAUCUAUUUGGGGUUAUUUAUAUAACUUCAUCUGGACAUCUGUUCCACAUUCGCGUAUAAAGUUUUUAGCCUCAUUAUCUUCAUUCAGUGUAAUGUAAUGCUCCUACAGAAUUCUAAUUAUACACCUUCAAAACCUGCAUAUUCACUCUAACUGAAUGUUUUUAGUUAUAUGUACGACUCAUUUCUGAAUUUAUACCAGUAUUUGAAUGUCAGUCGGGGUAUAACACAUAUGACACCCUUUGACUUUGGUAGGAGUUUAGAGGUGUUAUAAUCAUUGGUUAAAAUGGCCAUGGCUAUUUGGGAAAGACAUCUGAAACCCAAAACAAACUUUUAAAAGUAUUGGCCACAUUUCCCCAUGCCUAUUUAAUAAAUUCCAACCUUCUUUUGGAUUUCUGGUAUUUUUAAGAUGUACUUCACAUCUUAAAAUACAAUGGCAAUGUCUGAGCCUAAAUCUUGAGAUGGGGCUUCAGCUAAAAUACACCAGUCCACAUAGAUUACUAGGAUCCAUGAAAUAGAAUCUGUCUUCCAGUUCUAUUCAAUUAUUGUUAGGACAAAAGCUUGAAUGGAUCAACCUAUUAUUCAUCAAAUAAUUUUAAAACAAUGAAUAAACUAUUGUUUAAUUGUCUACAUUCCCUCCAUUUAGUUAUAUUUGAAUGACUAAACACUAUCAUCAAGCUGUACUUAGUCUGACAUUUUUCUUUGCUAUUUUACAAAUAUUUUUAAACUCUGUUAUUCAUCUUUGGUGAUGUUUAAAACAUGGUGCUUUCCUUCAAGGUUCAAUAUAAAGCUUUUGCAUUAUUUGGGUGCUAGUUCCUUGCUUGGUCAUCUGUUGCCUAUUUUAAGUCAGUUUGUAACUUUCAAAGAGUUAUGUUUACAGCAAUAAAAUGAUUGAUACGCCUCCA